AUGCCGUCCCCUCGUGAAUAUCUAGGCACGUUAGCCUCAAAUACGAGAAGUGAGGAGGAGGAAGUCCUGGAAUGGCUAUUUCACGAUGCUGAGCCAGUAGCUCAUUAUGAUCUCAAUUCAGCAACAUCAUGGCCGCGGCGGGCAUCACCUCUACAGCACACAACUGGCGCGCCAAUUUCUACCGCGAGUGCUCCGGCCCCACCAGGGUCGCUAUCUUCAGAGGCUACCGUUAUUAACAUGUCAAAUUCGGAUUCCGAGCUGGACGCCUCCAAUAAUGAGUACUCACAUAACACGCUACAUCAUACUACCCAGCUACCAGAAGCAUUCGGGUCGGAGAGCGAGACCAUUCAACAGGAAAACUAUUUGCCAUCCAUAGCCCUCCUUCCACCCCGUAUAGACUCAACUCCGCUUGAGAUUGGUGUCGAUGAAAACCUUGAUGAGCAUGAUACUCCCGAUCCGCAGAUGGCGACAAAAACCGAGAAUGUCCCAGAUAUUGACUUGGAGAGUAAUAACUCUCAGUCCACCCUAUCAGAGUCAUAUUCUACUUUGGGCCCUAUGCAAGAGAGUCCGGUCCCCAAUGCUGCUAAACCUGGUCAGGAAAUUGCAGAGGGUAUUGAACCACUGUCUAGUGUAAAUCCGCCGCCUAUUCCUUCGUCGUCAUUGAAUUUUCAGAGCCGCCAUGGCGGGUCCAUGAGUGACAAAUGUGAUUUCCAAGCGGCCGCCCCAGUUUGGAAGCCAGCUGGCCAGUCACCUAUGAUUGAUGAAGAGGCACAAUUUAUGGAACAAUAUCCGAACUUGGAGUUUCGGGACCCUGUACCUCCACCAGAACCUCAUGGGGAUGGUGGCACUAACCAGUCCGGGGGGUCUUUUCCUUCUUGUUCCUCCUCUAGAUCGGAAGACUCAGCGGAGGAGGGGCCGGUGCCACAAGCGCUGAAGGUGUAUAUAAGUCACGAGGCACACAAAAUAGCACUCCAAGUGGCAGACGGAGUAGCGCACAAAGCAGCAGAUACUUUUAAAGCCAUUGUAUUUCAAUGGGCCGCCGAUACGGCAGAAGAACUAGCCCAGGGAGUUGUAGCUGGUGCUGAAAGAGCUGCUGGUAUAUCAUCACCACAUCGGCCCAUGGUUGGUUCACAAACUGAAUCGGCAGCACCCUCUCCCGAAGGCCCAUCAGUUUACUUUACUCCCGAACCCGGCUCUAUAUUACCAAGUAUCAAAGUUCAUCCGCCGGUUACAAAAUCUCGGCCCUACAGUGAUAACGUCCAGGCACCAGGCCCAGAGAAGCUGCUGGCGCACGUUGUAAACUCAUUUAUACGUGAGAAGGACAAAGUGGUAGCGGAUGCAGUAAGGUCCCAUAUCAACCUUCAGCUGCAAAAGCUUUCGAACGCAGCGUUAGUUAUGAAGGCGGCACUGCGAACCUCUAGAGCCCUAGUUCCGGUCGCAGCGAGUGGUACAAUCCCAAUGAAUAUAGAUGAACAGGUGCCAGGAUAUACCACGGGAGGCUCAUUGCAACUGACUCAGAAAAUGCAUAAUGCAAUAGACGCUAGGGCUGUAACAAUGAUGAAUAGCCAUGACAUAUAUCUCGCCGGGGUGGCCACUAGCCAUGGAGAUGUUUCAAUUGCACACAGUUCAAGAUGUGAAUUAGAUUACUUCUUAGAAAGCAUCAGAGAACACACGCGUCUUUUCGACCCCGAAUCAAACGCCCAGCAAAUCAUACUUGGAGCGGCAUCCAAUCCACCUAUAGAAAUGCCUAGGCGAGCAGAAAAUCAAGAGAUGCCAGCUCCUAACUUUGGCGACUCCCUUGGAUCUCCCGACAUCUUCAUAGCUCACGUACCAACUCUAGAUUUCACAGUGAUAGGAGAUAACCUAACAAGGACUAAAGAGACCAUACCUCCCACAGGCAAGAGGUCAAGCCAAACCAAUCGAGCAGUAGCAAGAGUCAAUUCAAGACACCGAAGACGCCCGGCGCAUCCUGCCAGAUACACGCAUAAUCAAAAACCGAACACCACAAGUCUAGCAAGAUCACUCAUUCUUUGCUACUUGUUUUUACUAGCCAUGCCAGAAGAGGUCCCAAUGAAUAUAUUUUUCCAGGCAAGCUCUGAGGCUGACAACAUCGGAGCAAGCAGCCUGGAUGACAGCCCGAUCAUGAGAGCUCUGACAGAAACAGCCUUUUCAAACCGAUAUUGGGCAUUGGAUUUCACCUCAUUGCACUGCUACGAAUGUAUUGACCAAAUCAUGCGAGAAAGAAAGCGAGCUUUCCUAAAGAGAUGGGCUAUGAAAAUUAAAAAUACCGUUGCAAAUCUCAAUCACUGCGCAGCCUGUCGCUGUGAGCAUUCUCACCUUUAUUGUGACCACAGCAGCGAGUUUCAUCAAUGGCUCCAUUCAUCCGGCAACAAGGUCGGGCGCUUACAAUACAUUCGCCUCACGUCGAGGUCGUAUUCAUCAAUAAAUCCAGAGUCGCUGGCUUCAGCAAUUAACAUUCUCAAGAAACAUGCCCAUAACCUUCUUGGUGCACAGGUCGAUCUUUAUAUUCCCGGAACCCCAGAGCUCCAGAUUACGGAUAAAGGCCAGAUAGGAAAAUUAGUCCACUGUUUCGGGGAACUGGAGAAGCUUCUUCCCGCCGAAGGAAGACUACAAGUUCUGGGGCUGGAGUUCCAUCCUAAAUUAGGGAAGCGUUGGGGAAGUGCUCGUCGGCCGUGGUGGGUUGGUACCGGCGGUAGAGGUUAA